AUGUCGCAGGACGACGCGGCGCGAGCUUCGCCGGGCGCCGAGCGAGCACACGAGUCGGAUCUGGACGACGAUGGCCGUUCUAGUGAGUCGUGGGCGGAUUCUUCUAGUGACGAUGGGCGUGCGUCGCCCGCGCCGCAGCCGCCUGUGCGAAUCAAGGUGAAGCGCAGCCGCACGCCCAGCAGGCCGGGCGACGAGUCAGCCUCUGAGAGGCCGCGUGCCCUGCCGCGGGUGCCGCCUGCUGAUACGCUCGUGAGCGUGCGCCCACUGAAGCAGCUGCGGUCAAAGACGCUGCGCGCUGCGCUCGAUGCCCUGAUUGUCGGCCUCAAGAAGCGCGACUCGUAUCUGUUUUUCCACGAGCCCGUGAACGCCGACGAAGUGCCGGGCUACCGCGACGUGAUCACGCAUCCCAUGGAUCUCGGCACGAUGGAGAAGCGCAUUCACGAGGGGUACUAUACACAUAUGGACAUGUUCCAGCACGACUUUAUGUUGGUGACGCAGAAUGCGCAGCAGUUUAAUCCACCGAGCUCGAUUUACCACACGGCCGCGCGCCGUCUCGAAGUGUGGGGUCUUCGGGCGAUUGCGCGCGAGGCCAUGAGCGUGGUCGACGACGACCAGCUCGACGCACAGCAGCCCGAGGAGCCCCCUGCCCGGCGCGGCCGCAGGAAGCGCUCGUCCCUAUCGAUUGAGGCCGAGCCGCACGCCGAGCAUCUCAGUCGCCGCAUGAUGCGCAUCGGCAGUGCGCGAUCGACGACCUGGUCGCUCCAGGGCGUCCAAACGACCGAUCCCGACGAGCUGCUGUUCCGGCGCACGCUGGCGUACGCUGGUGUCGGCCAGCACCAACUGACCGGGAAGAGUGCGUGCAGCGCGCGAGUGCAUGCCAAGCCGAAGCGGCGACUGGCGCCGCCUCUGUCCACGACCGCGACAGAGGAUGCCGUGGAGGACACCGAAGCGUCGCCCUUUGCGUUUCACGACGACGGUUCGCUCGACGCGACGCAGCUGGCCGACGUGCGUGAGUAUCUCGCUCAGCAGACGCUGUUAGCGCCUCAGGUCGAGUCGCUGCAGCACUUGCCGAUGAUGCUAGCGGCGCAGCCCCCGCCCAAUGCGGCGGCGGCCUCGUCGCCGUCGUCCGCUGCCGGUGCACCGCCCGCGCCCGGCGAGCCGAGCUUGGUGUUUCCGCCUGCGCAGCCUGGGCGCCCUGAUGCCCUCUAUGCCGCGACACGGACGUAUCCUGAGGCUGCGAGCAAGAACACCAGUCACUCGUUCGAACACACGCAUGUGCCAGACGCCCAGCGCGCGCUGCCCUACAUGCUGGCGUCGGUGCCUGGUCCGUCGGGUCUGGGCACGCAUGGCACACGGCCGAUGCGGCCGAUCUGGCCCGCUCUGCCGCCACCCGCAUUGCAGGAAGCGCGGCUGCGCCUGAAUCGCCGCGAACGCGAAUUGGAGCAGGAGCGCGACGAGUCGAACUGGACGUUUUUCCGGCCGCACAUGCAUCGCAUUCUCGCGCACGAGGACGUGGGGCUGUACGCGAGUGUGCCGGCGUGGGCAGCGUGCGUCUCGGACGACCAGCCGCUGCAGCCGUAUGCGACGGCGUCCGGCGAGCCGCUGCUGCACACGCUGCGCGAGUGUCUUCGGUCGCUGCCGUACCGAGCCGUGGGCCUACCGCGCACCGCGCAGUUUGUGCCGCGUGCAUCUCUGCAGCAUCUUCCGCCGGCUCUGCAGGUCGCCAUGCAGGGCGCGCAGGAGUCGGAGCGCCUCAUUGAUACCGUGUACGGCAGCGUCGACGGCCUCGCCUACGCCCGCAGCCUCGCCGAGUUUGUGGGCGGCGCGUCGGGCGAUACACACUUGCAUCAGCAUGUCCGGCGCGCGGUGCUCGAGCCGAUGACGGGCGGCCUGCUGGGGCUGCUCUCGGACGUCGGGCAGUCGAUGCAGGCGCAUGUGGAUGCGUCGGACAAGCUGAUGCAGCUGCUAGACGACGAAGACGGCUCGCUCGCUGCGGCGCUGUGGCAGAAAUCAGGGGCGGCGCCGGCGCUGGAUCAGGUGCUGCAGGCGUUGGUGGAGUAG